CAUGACCAGGCGUGUUUACACCUGCAGUGACAGCUAACAGCGACUGUAUCACUGACAGGGACGCCCGUUGUUCAAACCCGACAGACGAAGCGACAUUGUCCGGAGAGGUUCUUGUUGAGCGGACUCUCACUGGGACUUGCUCCAGGCAGCCUCGGCCCAUCUGUGCCCCAGGAGGGAAGCUACAUCCCCAGCCACAGGCUCUAGGAAGCAGCCCUGUGUUUCUGUCCACCAUGGACGAGACAGAUGUGGAACAGGUGACCCUGGCUCUACUAGAUGCAGCCACCGAUAAAGACGCAGAGGUCCAGGAACAGGUCAGAAAGUCUAUGUUGACCCUGGGAAAACAGCAGCCUGACAGAGUGUUAGCCAUGUGUCAGGACUACCUUCUGAAACACCCAAAGUUGGUGGUGACCCACAGAGUUGUGAUUCUUCAGACUAUUGAGCUGAUUGUGGGCUGCAGGAUAGAGCAGAUCAGUUACCCGAGGAUAAAGAGUAUCAUCUCCCUUGCCUCAGACGAGAUGACACGAUCAAAAGAGGUCAUCCCUGACUGGCAGCAGGCAGCCAGUAAUAUCUUGGUUGCUGUGGGUAACAAGCACAUCAAUGACAUCAUGGAGGAGAUACUAAGCAAGUUUCAGCCAGGGCUCCUACCUCACUUCUUUGUGGUACAGACACUAGCCAACCUUUCUGACUCCAAUGUUUAUGGCAUGGUACCCUUCCUGAAUGCUAUUCUGGGCACCAUGUUGCCCAUGUUGAGCAUGGCCAAACAGGACAACAUGAAAUGGGUCUUCUCUUCUGCUCUGUGUCAUUUCAGCGACAGUAUCCUGGAGUAUCUUGCCAACCUGGACAAGGCUCCAGAUCCCACAGUCAGAAAAGACACAUUCUCGAGUGAAAUCUAUGCUGCUUUCGACAUCCUCUUCAAUAACUGGUUACAAAGCAGGGAGUCUAAGUUGAGGCUGACAGUAGCUGAGGCAGUGGGCUCUAUGUGCCACCUGAUGGCCAGUGAUAAACUGGAGGAGCAGAUUCCUAAACUCAUUCCUGCCAUCUUGUCCCUGUACAAGAAAAACAACGAGCACUAUAUCAUUAGCAAGAGUCUGUGCCAAGUGAUUGAUGCUUCUGUCAACAUGGGCAGCAGGGUGCUGGAGACGCAACUGGACAGUUUGCUCUUUGCUCUGCAUCAACAGGUGUCUGCCCCUGUUGAUUACAGUAACCCUCCUACUGUCAAGAACCACAAUGAGGUCCUCCGCUGCUUCAGCUUACUAGCUAACUCCUUCCCAGACCGGCUGGGUAUAUUUGUUCUUCAAAAGUUGGAGAACAGUAAUGAGCGAAGCAGGGUUGGCUCCCUGGCUGUGCUUCGUCACCUCAUCAACUCUUCAACUUCCACAAUGGAGGGCAAGAAGCUGCUGAUUCUAGCCAGCAUCAGACAGCCAAUGGCCGACCACAGCAACAAGGUCAAGAAGCACGUGAUCCAGGUGAUCAGUGCGAUGGCUCAUCAUGGCUACCUGGAGUUAGAAGGAGGGGAGUUACUGGUUCGAUUCAUCGUUCAACACUGUGCCUUACAUGACACAUAUCAGCGAGGCCAAAGACCCACAGAUCCAGAGGAGGUGACCAAUGAGUCACUGAGGACGAUGUGUGACAACACCCUUCAUCUCCUGACCACCACUGUUGGACGACUAGCUGAUGUUCUGUGGCCAAAGCUGCUGUACUUUCUGACCCCUCCACAGUUCAGCAAUGCCACCACUCCUCUGUGUAAGAGUUUGAUAGAGCUGGGCAACAAGAAGAAAAAUAACCAGGAUCCCAGCUUCAACAUAGACUUUACACAGGAAGUCAAUCUGCCUUCUCCUCAAACACUAAUGGUCCGACUGCUGGUGAAUGCAGCGUUCCCGUUCAAUAGCAGAGAUCAUGGAGCGCCGUCCCUCUUGCUCCUUCAGACCCUCAGUAUCAACGUUCACCCCAAUACAGAGAUACUCUGGGAGAAAGAGAUACCUCCUCUGUUGUCAGUGCUAGAGGAAUCAACUGCAGAGAGCCUGGAUAAGAAGCACUGGGAUGAAAAGUUGCUGAAGCUCUUGUCUAAAAUCCUGGCUACUAUCGAUGAUGACAAGUGGGUGUGUCAGUUGGCAGCUGAGUCAACGAGGUACCUCUCCACAUAUAACAACGCCUUAGAGGAGAAGAGUUUCCUGUAUCGAUGUAUAGGGGUGACCCUCCAACAGUGUUUUAAUAAGGAGCUGGUUAAAAAACAGCUGCAGGAAAUCCUCCUCACAGCACGACACAAUGACGCAAUCGAAAGAGAGGGAGUUGCAAUGGGCAUCGGAUUGUGUGCCAACAGCCACUUAGAGGGAACUCUGGCCAAGCUGGACGAGUUUGGCAAGUCUGAUGCCUUCAAGAAGUCACCGAGCAUCUUCAACCUUCUCAAAGAGCGUAAUGACGUUGAGGUAGAGAAGGUGAAAAGCACAUUAAUCUUGUGUUAUGGUCAAGUGGCUCUGAACGCACCUCCAGAAAAGAUACUGAACCGCAUUGAUCAAGACAUCCUUCGCUGCAUCAGUAAACACUUCAAUACCAAGGUUCUGGGGAUUAAAGUAGAGACAAAGGACCUGACUAUGAAGCUCAGUUUGAUCCAGAGUGUUGGGCUCAUAGCCAAAGCCAUUACUGAGUGUGUGAAGAAACAAGGCUACGUCUUCUCUCGCAAACAGGAACUCAUUAAUGUUAUGCUGGAUUUUAUCAAGGCAGAGCCAGCUGAUUCAUUGAGGACUCCAGUACGCCCUCUUGUGAUGACCACCUGUGCCAACCUAAUGCCUCUGGACCCAGCGCUGAGUGAGAAUGAGGGCUUUGACUUGCUAAAGGUGUGUGUGAACGGUGUCUUCUCUCUGCCACCUGAGACACACACUCCAGAGAAAACAAAAGAAGAGGAGAUACUGGACCCCAAGCAGAGAAAGGCACUGUACAAAGACACGUUGGCUGCACUGCAGGAGCUGCUAAGAAGUGUGCUGGCAAGGGAUCCCACACCUGAUGGCCUGCAGAGUGUCUUUAAGCACAUUGAAUCAUGGUUGAGCUCCGGACAGGACCAUGAGAGAGAGAGAGCUGCCACAGCUACUGCUCAUAUACUGGCUUACUAUCUGGAUAACCUGACUGUCAAGAACAUGGUGUCCUUCCACAACCUUGGAGCUCUGCUGGGUCGACUGUCUCCACGAUGUUCUGAUCCUCACCCUGCUGUACGCACUGCUGCUGUCGACUGUAUAUACACACUGCUUUAUAUACAGCUACGCUAUGAAGGUUUCUCCCUGGAUUAUAAGGAUGAAGCUGUGGACAGUCUGUUGCCCCUGAAAAACCGACUAGAAAACCCUGACCACUCAGUUCUAUAUAAGACCUGCUCCGACCUCACCAAGGUGAUGAGUAAGCGUCUGCCUCAGCAGCAGCUGUCGACAUUGGUGUUCAUGUUGUUUGAAGGGCUGGUCGACAGUCAGACAAACUGCUGCAGAGCUUCAUCUGUCAUUCUAAAUACUCUGCUGAAGAACAGAGGAGGGGGACUACAAGAGCUGGUCCCAGAGAUGCUGGAGGUACUACAUGUGCGUCUGCAGAGCAUCACAGAGGAGCAGGUGAGAGUGGCAGCGGGACAGACGGUACUAAUCCUGGCUUCUCAGCAUCUACAGACUGUUGUCACUGCACUAGUAAAUCAACCACUUCCUUAUGACAGCUGGACCAGUGAGAUGUGGAUGGCCUUGGGAGCAGACCCCAUUGUGGCCAGUCAGAUCAUUGAGAUGGUGAUGGAGAAGCUUGCCAUCAUGGCGCCCUACGUAGACAAGAAGGAGUCAAUGAUCAGAGGAGGGACAACAAAGGUGGCCACCAAUCAGCCACUGGCUAUGACAUGUGGCCUCAAAGAACUGCUAUUAAAUGGCCAGAGUCAGGAGCCGGCAGUCAGUCUGUUUCCCCGUCUCUUCUCCUGCCUCACUGUCAGACUGGGAGCAAGCGUUGGAGUCUCCGCGCCGAAGGACAACAACACUAAACACGCUGCCUCUGUCCAUGUAGCAGGGGUAGCAGCUGAUGCCUUGCGAAUCUUGUUAGCACGGGCCCAAUUAGAUGAGGUGAUGAAAAGACUGGAUGAGGAUAAUGCCUGGGAUGCAAUGAAGGAACAGAAUACACACAUUACAGGAGUUACACUACUGGCGAGAGCAAUGUCUAAGCAUGCUGGUCCCAGGUUGCCUGCCAUUGUAGAGUGUCUGUGUCCCUCCUUGAACAACAUCUACGAGUGCCAGAGAAUCACCAUCACUGCUUUCUUCUCUGAGCUCCUAAACCAUCACGUGGUGACAGAGUUGAUGUUGAUAGAUGUGUUAAUGAACAACAUGAUGGAGAGGAUAUCAGAUCCCUGUUGCACUGUCCGCAUGUUGUCUGUGCGGGGGCUGGGCAAUAUAGCUGUGGGAUCCCCUGAAAAGGUGAAUAAAUAUGCCAAGGAGUUGCUGGCAGCCAUGAGUUCAGGCAUGGAGGAGAAAGAUGAUCCGGGUAAGCUGAUUACCCUUGAAGCCAUGUCCGGUCUUUCGAAAGUCCUCCUCUUUCUGGACAAGAAGAAUGUCCACUUACUGGUGGUCUAUAUCUUCAUGAAGAUUAAACCAUUCUUGGAGAGCGAGAAUGAUGAGAUCCGCUGUGCUUCCAUCCACCUAAUGGGGAACUUGUCCAAGUUUGGCUCAGGAGAACCUGUGUUCAAAGACCAGAUCCACAAUGUUCUGGUCAGCCUGUUGUUACACCUGGUUGACCCAAAUCCACAAGUGGUCAAGGCGUGUAAGUAUGCAAUGCGAGUGUGUGCUCCUGUGGUGGGAUCAGAGCAGAUCACAGCCAUGUUUCAGAACCAUCUCCACGAUGACAAGAGUUUGCACUACGGAGAGUUCAUCAAUGACCUCACCAAGUACCUGAUUCAGGACUUUCCAGGCAUGCUGAACUUUUAUCACAUCUCAGUCAUCCAGUUCUUCAAGAGCAACUGGCCUGAGGUCCGAGCAGGAGCUGCCAUGUUUAUAGGGUGUCUGCUGGGGAAUCUUCCAGAGGAGCAUCUCUCCCACCUCAACAUGGGAACUAUCACUAAAGGUUUAGUGAUGCUGCUCCAAGAUCCAGAUCCUGUAGUGAGAGUAAAGGCUGCUGAGGCCAUGGGACGUUUCCACUGACACACAAAUGACAAGAACUACAUACAAAUCUCAGUGUUUCCUUUAAUCACAAGUGGUAGGUCCACUACAUACAAACAUGAAAAAUAUCAAUAAGAAUAUUUAUGAUUUGGUCUGCAGUUUACAGAAACAUUUAGAGCCUACCAUUUAAAUGUGCAGUCAUUAUGACAACAUUGAAACUAUUUAAAAAAAACAUUGACCAAAACAGGAAUACAUGUGGAGCCAAAAGCCAAACGGUCAGGUUUACAAAAUGAACACUGAUAAUACAUAUCCAUGCACACAAACGCACAUGCAUUUAUCCGUUAGCAGCUUUGUUUAACUUCUUCCGACACUUAACUAUGGUACUUGAAAGGAGGUGUUAAUUCUUAACUAUAUUUUAGUGACCAAAGACUGUGUUGUUCUGUCAGCGUGACAAUACCAGAGAUAUAUACAGUAUAUAAGAGAAAUAUACCAUGCAUCAAGAAGUUUCUAAUGCAACGGUUAAAAACAUAUUUAACCGUGAAUAAUUAUUAUUAUUCUUUUUUUUUUUUUGAAUGACAUAGUUUCUUCAAAUAUUAUGUGCAAGUGAUAACAAUUAUGUACAUGUUAAUUACAUGACUGCGAUUUCACAUAACUCUGGCUGGUACUUUGUGUGUGUGUGCACGAGAGUGUGUGUGUAGUCAUACCAGCAUUUUGUGAUAGUGGUGUGGAUGUUUUUAUUUCACUAUUUGACUCUCUUUUAGAGAUCAUUCCAAUACAGUGGGCUCGUCCUAAAGACCCUUCCUCUGAUUAACAUGAUAUCCUUUAUUUCACAAAUCAGCUCUGAGCUCAAUGAAGAUCCAAUGAAACAUUUUAAGUCAGUUAAAUGUGCGGCACCACAAGUAAGUCUUUGAAAAGUGAAUGUGAAGUCUACAGUAGAAGUAACUGCUAAAAUCGCUGAAUGCACAAAAGCUACAGCAGGACUUCAGUUCGUUUGAGGGUUUGUGGCUGUGUGUGAAGGAUGUAAUUAAAAGAAAACAGGAUGACAGGAUGAGGUGGUCUUAUUGCUGUGUGCAGUGGUCCAUAUCAUCUAGCAAUAACCAGUCAAUAACUACUUUUAUAUCCAAUCUCUGGCAGCAGGACUCUGCUUACCAGUAGUCCUGCUUUUGGAGCUGUACAGUAGCUAACAUGAACUAGCUUCUUCAGAACAGAGUAAAACAUUUAUCCAUCUACUGUAAUGGACAUACUGGUGCCAAGCUUACCUCCAUUUCUAAGCCAUAAUUGAUGCUGUUUGUGAAUCACUGCCACCGCUACAGCUAAAUGGCCACACGGGACACUUCCUGAUAUAACAGUAAUUUCUUUGGUCCACCUCAGAUGGCUGCUUUGACCACUGGCUGUCUAUCUGCACAUAGUUUAUGAUUCAAUUUCACACGACCGGCCGAAGGAGUGUUCAGUCAUGAUCUGUUCGAACAUCAUUUACCGCAAGUACUUUACCAGGGAUGGCGGCCAUCGUAAACACACCAGCCAAUUAACAGUUCAGAAUCAUUUGAAUGUGGUGACCCUUUUCAUUGCAUCUCUCAGAGAGGUGAACUCUAUUUUGUGUUCUUCAGCCUAAACAGACCUAACUCUUCACCCAAUAAGAAUUCUGAACCAGCCAGUUUCCGCCAAUCAAACCAUUACAUUCCAGUGUUGUUAGGCAUAACAGAGCAGUGCGGCCAUGCUGAACACAGUUAGUGCCAAAUAAUCAUUAUUACACAUAUUAAGAUAGCAUGAUUUUCUCUUUCUCACUUCAAAUGCACUUACAGUAAUAUUAAUUUCAUUUCAUUUUUCCAUUAAAUGGUGAAGUUUUAGUGUACAAUCGUGGGUUUGCGGGCCUCUUAUGUAAGGAUGUCUCUACGUGUAACUGUAACUUUUAUGUUUUCUAUAUUGAUUUACUCAAGUACCGAUAAGGAGGGAUGCAAAAUAAUCCAUUAUGUCCUAAUUCUAAUUAAUUUGGUGACAAACAACAUUCAGUAGAGAGUCAGGUGAUAGCAAUACAUUGUUUGAGUAUAAAUGAUUGAUUGUGUGUCUACCUUCAGUACUUGCACUUUUAAGCUCUAUAAUCUAGUCCCUGAAUUAAGAACUGAAAGGCAAACUAGGAGCUGAACCUGUUUGGUACAUUUAUAUAUAAGUCACAUGUAGGGAACCUUUUUAUGCUUUUGACCUUAUAACUGAUAAAAUGCUGCUUUUUUUUCAUCUAUUGUUUUUUUUUUUUUUUUUUUUUUAUUUCGGUUAUACACAAGGAAGGCUGCUGCCUGGAUCCUUAUUGGGUUGUAUUGGAUUGUUC